AUGGCGCUUCAGUGCCGUUGCCAGCCGACAACGACCCGUCGGGUGUCCGAGCUGAAGACAUCGGUUCAAAAGCAGCUGCAGUUACAGUGGAACAAAGCGUUCAAGAGCGGCGUCUUCCGUAACGUCAACUUGCUGCGGACUUUUUCAGCUGGCCACAAGCUGUACGUUGGACUCGACGACGAGUCUAAACUUUCCCUAGCAGCGAAGCCGGUAGAAGCUCCACGAGGCGGAAAGCCUCAAGUUCCAAGACGUGAAGGCGGCCGGGAAGGCGCCGCCAAGAACAAUGGAAAAGUCGGCGGAAUGACCUAUGCGAUCAUGCCCAAGACCGCCGAGCCACCUGCCAACAAGGGCUGCUUGAUUGCGAUGUCAUGA